AUGAAAAAUAUAUUUUCCUUUUAUUAUAGAGAAUUAUUUUUCUUCGCCUUCACGCCUUUCUUUCUCUUAUAUUUGCCUCUUAUAUGUCUUAUCAUCUUUCUAUUUCCUCUUUCAUUUCACGCCCUUCUUUCCACUGUUCGUUUCUAUCCACUUUCUCUUCUGUUCUUGUCAUUUCUAUCCGACUUUUAUUCUCUUUCUUCAUCACACCGUUUUUUUCACAACAUCAAGCCUCAUUCCCUUUCUUCAAGUUUUCCGUCGCUUUUAUUACUUUUCUUCAUCCGCUUCUUUUAUUUUCCCUAUAUCAAUGUUUCUUUCCAUUCUUUUUUUGAUAUUUCCCUUUCUGUUCAUAACUAUCUUUUUUCAAAUCUAUCUAUCUAUCUAUCUAUCUAUCUAUCUAUCUAUCUAUCUAUCUAUCUAUAUAAGUCUAUUCAUAUCUAUCUACUUAUCUUAAUCUGUUCAUAUCUGUUUUUGUUUACAUCUAUCUAUCUAAAUCUGUUCACAUCUAUCUAUCUAUCUAUUUAUUUUAGUCUCUUCAUGUCUUUAAUCUCUUCAUUUGCCUUUGUUCACAUCUAUCUAUCUAUCUGUCUAUCUAUCUAUCUAUUUAUCUAUCUAUCUAUCUAUCUAUCUAUCUAUCUAUCUAUCUAUCUGCCUUCAAAAUAUAGUCUUUCUAUCUUUUCUUUCUUUUUUUCUUUCUUUCUUAAAUCUGAAAGCUUUUCUUACUUUUGUACUUAUUUAAUCCCUGUUUUGUCUAUUCCUUCUUUCCUUUUUGCAUUCUCAAAUCAUUAA